AUGAGGCUGCUACGGGUGCUGCUGCUCCUCGGGGGGCUGCGCCUGCCCCCCACCCUGGGGCUUCUCCAGGAACCCCCCACCGAGUACACGGGACCCCCCGGCAGCUAUUUCGGCUUCGCCCUGGAUUUCCUCAUGACAGAGGGCAGGCCCAGCGUGGCCGUGGGGGCCCCCCGUGCCAACACCUCCCAGCCCGGCGUGGCUCAGCCCGGCGCCGUCUUCCUCUGCUCCUGGCCCCCCGACGAGACCCCCUGCCGCCCCCUCCCCAUCGACACCGCGGGGGACGAGACCGAGACCCAGGGCACCUUGGAAUUCCACACCUACAAGUCGCACCAGUGGCUGGGCGCGUCCGUCACCGGCUGGGACGGCAAACUGGUGGCCUGCGCCCCGCUGCAGCACUGGAACGCGGUGGACGGGCCGGACGAGGCGUUCCGGACCCCGACGGGCACCUGCUUCGUGGCGACCCCGGGGCUGCGGCGCGUGGUCUGGUACUCGCCCUGCCGGGACCAGUCGAUGGCCAACACCUACCGCCAGAGCAACUACGAGCACGACAAGCGCUACUGCGAGAUCGGCUUCAGCGCCGCCGUCACCCCGGACGGCACGCUGGUGCUGGGUGCCCCCGGCGGGUAUUACUUCACGGGGCUCCUGUACUCCGUGGAGGUGAACACCAUCCUCAGCCGCUUCCACGGCACGUCCCUGCUCUGGCUGGGGACCCCGGGGCGCCCCACGGUGCCCGUGUCCCUGGAAUACGAGGACGGGUACCGGGGGUACUCGGUGGCUGUGGGCGAGUUCGAUGGCGACCCCAGAACCAAAGAGUACGUGGUGGGGGUCCCCAACAAGAGAGACACGAGGGGUGAGGUGGAGAUCUUCACUGCGGGGAACACCCUGCGCCGGCUGCGGGGCAUCGACAGCGAGCAGGUGGCAUCGUACUUCGGGCACACGGUGGCCGUGGCCGACGUCAAUGGGGACGGGAGGGAUGACCUGUUGGUGGGUGCCCCCCUGUACAUGGCCCGGCGCCCCGACGGGCAGCGCAGCGAACUGGGGCGGCUCUACCUCUACCUGGGCGGGGGGCACCAGCUCCUCCCCCGGCCCCCCCAGACCCUGACGGGCACCCACGCCUACGGCCGCUUCGCCGCCGCAAUCGCCAGCCUGGGGGACCUGGACAAGGACGGCUUCGGCGACGUGGCCGUGGGUGCCCCGCAGGGGGGUGACGAUGGCAGAGGGCAGGUCUUCAUCUUCCGCGGGCAGAGCGAGGGGCUGGAGCCGGUGCCCACCCAGCGCCUCGACAGCCCCUUCCCCGGCCCCGCCGCCUUCGGCUUCACCCUGCGAGGGGGCACCGACCUGGACGGCAACGGCUACCCGGAUCUCCUGGUCGGGGCUUACGGGGCGGCCAAGGUGGCCGUGUACCGGGGACAGCCCGUGGUGGUGGCCCACACCCAGCUGAGUGUCCCCGAUGGGCUGAACCCCGAGAUCCUGGACUGUGUCCUGCCCGACUCCGGUAUCCGUGUCAGCUGCUUCCACGUGGUGUUUUGUGUCAGCGUGACGGGCCAGCACAUCCCCUCGGCCAUCCACCUGGAGGCUGAGCUGCAGCUGGACCGGCUGAAGCCCCGGCUGUCCCGGAGGGUCCUGCUGCUGCAGGGACACCAGUCGUCCUGGCGCGAGGAGCUGGUGGUGACACCGGGGACAAGCCCCCAGUGCCGCAACCUCACCGCCUACCUGCGGGACGAGGCCGAGUUCAAGGACAAGCUGAGCCCGGUGGCCCUGAGCGUGGCCCUGGCACUGCCCCGGGAGGCCCCGGGGCUGGUGCUCUAUGGGAACACCCUGGUGCAGGCACAGACCCACAUCAUCCUGGAGGACUGUGGCGAGGACAAUCUCUGCAUCCCUGACCUCCACCUGGCCGCUGACACCCCCAGCCAGCGCCUGCUGAUCGGGGCGGAGGCCGCGCUGCGCCUGCGUGCCCACGCCUCCAACGCGGGCGAAGGUGCCUUUGAGGCCGAGCUGAGGGUGCAGCUGCCCCCUGGCACCCACUACCAGGCAGCCCAGAGCACCAUCCCGGGGAAGGAGAAGCUGAGCUGCAACCCCAAGAAGGAGAACGGGACCCACGUGGUGCUCUGCGAGCUGGGCAACCCCAUGAAAGCGGGGGCCCAGAUCACCGUGGACAUGGAGCUGAGCGUGUCCGGGCUGGAGGACAUGGGGGAUGCCAUCACCUUCCAGCUCCAGCUGCGGAGCAAGAACAGCCCCAGCUCCACAAACGCGUCGGUGACAGUGACAGUGCCCGUGGAGGCUCAGGCAGAGAUGGAGCUGCGAGGCAACUCCCUGCCAGACACGACGGUGCUGCCCACGAGCUGGCAGGGGGUGGAGGGCAGCCGGCGGCUCGAGGACCACGGCAUCAAGGUGGAGCACGUUUAUGAGCUCCACAACAAGGGUCCCAGCACCGUCAGCGGGGUCACCCUGCGCCUCGCUGUCCCCCACCGGCUGGGCGGCCACAUCCUUCUCUACCUGCUGGAGCUGGGCACCGAGGGGGGCACGAACUGCACCCACCACCCCGACCUCAACCCCGCCCAGCUGGAGAUCGCCCGUCCCACGGGAGCAGCGCCCGGGAACGGCACCCGCCAGCGGGAGCGCCGGGAGGCGGAGGAGCCCCCGGGGCUGGGGCUGGGGGAGCCUGUCCCCGUGGGACCUGCACCCCAUUACGGAUGUGGAGCUGGGUGGAGGACCCCGCCCCACGAUGACCCCGGGGACCUGCAGCCCACAAUGGGUGCAGGGCUGGGGGUGUCCCCGGGGGUGGGGGUCCCCAACACCUGCGGUGUCCCUCAGGACUGUGACAAUGCCACGUGCGUGGACAUCACCUGCCACGUGCCCAGCCUGGGCAAGGACCAGCGGGCACUGGUCAGUGUCCACGCCCUGCUCUGGAUGGACACCCUGCAGCAGCGGGAGCACCUCCUGUCGCAGUUCCUCAUCCAGUCCCAGGCGUGGUUCAGCACCUCGGCCAUGCCCUACCGGGUCCAGCCCCGCGUCCUGCCCGCCGGCAACGCCACGGCUGUCACACGGGUGGUUCGUGCCAGCCCCGGGGGCAAGGGGGCCGUACCGGUGUGGGGGGUGGUGCUGGGGGUCCUGGCCGGGCUCCUGCUCCUCACCCUCCUCAGCCUCUUCAUGUGGAAGAUGGGUUUCUUCAAGAGGACACGGCCACCCACCGAGGGGGACACACAGGAGCCCAGCCAGGCCCAGGAGCCCGGGGGUGCCCAGGGCUAGUGGGGUCCCCCGCGGUCCCCCUGUGCCCCUCCC